AUGUAUGUGGAAGCCUUGGGACUUUUUGAUAAGUUGAUGUAUUAUCCUUAUCUGAAACCUGGUAGCUAUACUUAUCCGAGUGUUCUUAAAGCCUGCAGAGGGCUUUGUAGAGUUGUGUUGGGACAAAUGGUACAUACUUGUUUGAUAAAAACUGGUUUAAUGGUGGAUAUUGUAGUUAGAAGUUCUCUUGUGAGUAUGUAUGCUAAAUGCAAUUCGUUUGAGAAAUUUGAAGAAGCUCCGAGAUACUUUGGCAUGAUGAGAAGAUAUGGAUUUGAGCCAGAUUCAGUUACAAUCACAACUACUAUUUUGUCUUGUGCUAGGCUUUUUGAUUUGGAGAGAGGGAGGGAAAUUCAUAAGGAGUUGAUUAAUAGUGGGUUUUGGCUGGAUUCUUUUGUUAGCUCUGCCCUUGUUGACAUGUAUGGAAAAUGCGGUCACUUAGAAAUGGCUAUAGAAGUUUUUGAGCAAAUGCCUAAAAAGUCUGUUGUUGCUUGGAAUUCCAUGAUUACAGGAUAUGGUUUUAAAGGCGACUACUUUUCAUGCGUUCAACUUUUUAAGAGAAUGUACAAUGAAGGAGUCAAACCAACUUUGACUACUUUGAGAAGUAUAUUAAUGGCUUGUUCACGAUCAGUGCAACUACUAGAGGGAAAGUUUGUUCAUGGAUACAUAAUACGCAACAAAAUACAACCUGAUAUUUUUAUUAACAACUCACUCAUGGAUCUAUACUUCAAAUGUGGAAUGGUUGAGUCAGCCGAAAACAUCUUUAAAUUAAUACCGAAGACAACGCUAGUUUCUUGGAAUGUUAUGAUUUCUGGAUAUGUAACUGAAGGGAAACUUUUUGAAGCACUUAACCUCUUCAGUGAAAUAAGACAAUCAUUUGUUGAACCAGAUGCUAUUACUUUCGCCGGUGUUUUAGCAGCUUGUUCGCAACUAGCAGCACUAGAAAAGGGUAGAGAGAUCUACAAUUUGAUUGUUGAGAGAAAUUUGGGAAACAAUGAAGUGGUUACGGGGGCUCUUCUUGAGAUGUAUGCAAAGUGUGGUGCUUUAGGUGAAGCAUUUGGUGUUUUUAAAUAUUUGCCAGAAAGAGAUCUGGUCUCCUGUACUUCCAUGAUUACCGCUUACGGGUCUCAUGGUCGGGUCUAUGAAGCUUUAGAGCUUUUUUCUAAAAUGCUGUUGUCGAAUGUAAAACCUGAUAGAGUUACUUUUCUUGCCAUAUUGUCUGCCUGUAGCCAUUCUGGAUUGGUUGAUGAUGGAUUGUAUCAUUUCAAUGAAAUGGUCAACGUUCAUGGUAUCGCGGCUAGAGUUGAACAUUAUUCAUGCUUGACUGCUCUUCUUGGACGUGCUGGAAGAUUGCACGAAGCAUAUGAGAUUCUACAAAGAAACCCUGAAAUCAGGGAUGAUGUUCAGCUGUUAAGCACCUUAUUUUCUGCAUGCCGUUUACACAGAAAUCUUGACUUAGGGGUUGAAAUUGCAGAAAAACUUAUUGAUAAGGAUCCUAAUGAUUCAUCACAAACUUCAAAGAGAAACCGUAAAGGCAUUAGAAAUUUCAGCUGA